GUAUUUCGGGGAUCUAUUUUCUGUCGGAGGGUUGUGACGCGGCUCUCUCUCUCGCCUGUGCCAGGCCGCCAUCUUGAAUUUUAAUGUUAAUUUCCAAAGAAAAAAACAAUAAUGUCUUUGCUGUGAUAUUUUUGUCGCGGAUGUCGUGACGGAUUUGGAGAAGGACUGUUGUUUCUUUUCGGGAUUGUUUUAUUUUUAUUUUCUUCCUUAACCAAUUUUAUUGUGAGUACUCUGCGUGUCGUGGACAUUUAAACGCGUGGAAGCUCUCAGCUAGCAGGUACUCUGAGGAAUAACCGUUCCGGGACUCUCGCUGACUCUGGCGGCCGCUGGAGGCUCGCUCCUCUCGGCUGCAGCUAACCCUUCUGGAAGGAAGACAAUUAGCCAGUGGAGUUAACGCUAACGGAGCAGCCGGAGCUAAAGCAGUUUCUCCAGAGGCCAGUCUUCCCCACUCAAAAGCACCCCUUAAACUGAGUGACUAAAUGAAACUGGAGCAGGGGGCUUGUGGGCAUGAAGUGGCUGGGCGAAUCCAAGAACAUGGUAUUAAAUGGCAGACGACACGGGAACAAGUUGACCAGCGAGCAACCAGGGAGCCAGGCUCGCUCCCAGCAUCUGCAGCGGACGUCGCUGCGACACAGAAAGAGCCACCCGAGAAACCGCAGAUGUAGCCGCAGGUGUAAUGGUGCCAGUCUGGAGGCCGAGCGGCGCUAUGUGCCCUCCUCAGGGAUGACCGCUAAGGAACUGUGUGAGAACGAUGACCUGACCACGAGCCUCAUCCUGGACCCAUAUCUGGGCUUUCAGACUCACAAAAUGAACACAAGAUUUAGACCAAUCAAAGGAAGGCAGGAGGAGCUGAAGGAAAUUAUUGAGCGCUUCAAAAAACACGACAACUUGGAGAAGGCUUACAAAGCUCUGACGACAGGAGACUGGUGCCGAAAUCUUUGUCUUCACAAGUCCAAGGCUCAGGAGAAUCUCUUCAAGCAGCAUGUGUUUGUCUACCUGCGGAUGUUCACAGCGGACAGCGGCUUCGAGAUUCUGCCGUGUAAUCGUUAUUCGUCCGAGCAGAAUGGAGCUAAAAUUGUGGCCACAAAGGAAUGGAAAAGAAACGAUAAGAUCGAGUUCUUGGUGGGCUGCAUCGCCGAGCUGUCGGAGAGCGAGGAGAACCUGUUGCUCCGACAUGGCGAGAACGACUUCAGCGUUAUGUACUCGACACGUAAGAACUGCGCCCAGCUGUGGCUCGGCCCCGCGGCGUUCAUCAAUCACGACUGCCGGCCGAACUGCAAGUUUGUGUCGACGGGGCGAGACACGGCCUGCGUGAAGGUCCUGAGGGACAUCGAGCCCGGAGAGGAAAUCUCCUGUUACUAUGGAGACGGCUUCUUUGGGGAAAACAAUGAAUUUUGUGAAUGUUAUACGUGUGAAAGACGGGGUACCGGUGCUUUCAAAUCCAAAGCUGGACUGCCGGUGGAGGUUCCCGUCAUCAACAGUAAGUACGGGCUGCGGGAAACGGACAAGCGGCUCAACAGGCUGAAGAAACUCGGAGAAGGAACCAGGAGCUCGGACAGCCACUCUGUGGGCUCCCACACCGACGUAGACUCUCAGGAAAUGCCAAAAACACAUCAAUCUGCCAGAACAAGAACUUCAUCUUCAUCGUCUUCAUCGUCAGGCCUGAAGUAUAAAAACAGGACUCCAAGCAGACAGACUGUGUCCAGAACCCUUUCUACCUCAUGUUCCAAACAGGCCCGUGGAAACAACAACAACAGGGUACCAAAGAGACUAAGAGCCCAGUCCAAGCCUUCUCCCAGUAAAGUCCAGUUACGCAGCCGCAGGAGGGGCUUGGCGGCCCGAGGAGAAGCUGCUCAGCUGGGACUCAGGGACUCGAAGGUGUCGUGUAAAAGCAUCACCGUGAAGAAGGAGAAUGACGGGUUGGAGCCGGCGCCACUCGGCCAGAGGGGCUGCCUGACCCGGCAUGCUGCCAAGGAAAACGGCAGUCUUCCAGCUUUGCAGGGCAGCCAGUGCUCCAUGUACAGAACUCGCAGGUCCACACGGACCCUUGUUAAGGACCCAGAACCAACUACGGGUGCCAAGUUGGAGCCCAGUGCUAUGGACGGGUUAAGCCCGGUUCCUGGUGGCGUGGUCAUCAAAACAGAACCUGCAGACAUGGACGAGUACCUCCAACACGGAGUCAGCAUGCAGCAGCCGGUUUUAGGCGGCAGCUACACCAGGAGAAGCUCGUGUUCCAGCCGGAAACGGCCGUCGCGGUUCCGGCCCGAACGGACCAUUAAAUGCGAAGGCUCGGACUGCGAGCCGUUUUCUCUUGGAGCUCCAGGACACACUGCUAACUUCUCCGACAGCGGGAACAUGCUGCUGAGCUUCGCGGACAGACACAGGGAGCACAACGGCGUCGCCAACGGCAACAAGUCCUUACACAGAGACAAAAGCAAGAGCGGCUGCCGCUCACAGGACAAGGCGAAGAAGAAGCGUCGGAUCACACGCUACGACGCUCAGCUGAUCCUGGAGAACAGCACGGGAAUCCCCAAACUGACGCUCCGCCGGCGGAGGGACAGCAGCAGCAGCAAGACCAAUGACCCCGCUGACCUCGUGGGCUCCUCCACCGUCAGCCCCGCCUCCUCCAGCAAAAUCAGCAUCAAGUUCAGCAAGGACCACGACAAGGACAAAGGAGGCUCCUACAUCGCCAAGCUGAACAACGGCUAUGCUCCUGUUGUCCAUGGCAACGCCACCAAGCUGAAGAUCCAGCUGAGGAAGGAGGACGACGCUCGGAGAGUCCACCACACCAACGGGGAUGUGGCUCAGGUUCUGGAGAGCAGGAAUGGUGGGCAUCGAACCCAGAAAGCCCUGGCAGAACCUUCAUCUGAUGAGGACGAGGAGGACGAAGAGGAUGAGGAUGAUGAUGAUGAUGAUGAUGAUGAUGAUGACGAUGAUGAUGAUGAUGAUGAUGACGACGAUGAUGAUGAUGACUACUUCCACAAUGAGUUCGAGGACGACUUCAUUCCACUUCCUCCGGCAAAGCGGCUCCGACUCAUCGUUGGGAAAGACUCCAUAGACAUCGAUAUCUCCUCCAGGAGGAGAGAAGAUCAGUCUCUGAGGCUGAACGCCUGAAGCUGCCGAGCUUCUGUAAAUACGCCGCCGCUGAAGGACUGGAAGUAACUAAACUAGAAUCAUUACGGAUCUGAAUGAGGGUGCUGUUGACCUGAAACAAAGCUCUGCUCUUCACUGAACUUCCAGUUGGUCUCCUCACCUGUCGCUGGACCAGGACCAGGACUUGUUCUGUCCCCUCUCUGACAGAGUCUCGAGGGAAAACUAAGUCUUUGUUUUAGGUUGAACUAUUCCUUUAAGAGAAUGCACUUGUUCUGUUUCAUCAUGGACGUGUAGAAAGUGUACAGUUUGGUGAUCAUGCCCUCUGUCUCCCUGGCAGGUUUUUAUUCUCUCUGGUUUUGUCUCUUAGUGUGUUUGUGCUCUGUGUGUGGAGCCGUUUCUCCAGAGGCAUUAGAGCAUCAGCUCGUCUUUCUGCUGCCAUGUUCCCAUCAUUGUCCUCCUGAAGGUCCACCAAUCAGCAGUGAGAAGAUCAUAACAUUCAUGUCUGUCUGUAGAGAUUAUUUUCUCUGAAUGGUGCCACUUAUCCACGGGCUUAGGUUGGUCUGGGUUUGCCGUUAACAUCAGUCUUCUCUCCAUGAAGUCCAGCGUCUCCAUCCAGUCUGUAACGGCGUUGAUGCUGUCAGCCGUGACUCUGUGCAGCCGUCGAGUUGCAGCAGGAGGUUCUGCGGUAACGUUGAGAUUCCGGAGCUCCUUUUCUCCUGAUUUCUGGAACAUCUUUAGGAUCGUUCAUAUUACUUCAUGUAGUUGAAUAAUAAACCACCAUUAAAUGAAGGGAGCAGCAGUUUGUUUUUUAACAUGGGGUCAGCUCUCUUCAAACGGGCUGCACGGUUCCUUUAAGAGAAGCAGAAAGGAACACGACACCCUCCAUGAGAUGUUUAAACAGGUUCCUUCAGUCUGGAAACCUAUGGACACAUUAUUCCCUGUUCCACGACCUGAAGGUCGGAAGUCCAAAUAUCCAAAGAUAAAUUGGCCCGUUUUUCCUUGUCUUUCCAAACAAAACAGGAACACGGGUUUCGGUUGACAUUGCAAAAACUAAUCAACUUUUAAAAUGCGAUCUCCAGGUUUAGAACAUUUAUUUGGUGUCUUCUCAUCUGGCUGUUGCUCCAGCCUGGAAUCAAAUGGACCUUCUGUCUUUUCCAGAGAUUAUUCGGAGAUCCCAGACUUUUCCAAACACAGAUUCCUAAAUGUUUCAUUCUUGCUCCAUGUUAUACUUCUAAGUCCGAGCGGGUUUGGUGCGCUGUGAAAAUCCUGACAGCCGAGGGGUUGUUGGAUGAACUUUACUAGAGUCCAUCUUUAUUUUGGAUUUCUCUGCUCUGUGUGGGAACUUUUUUCUGGAGCACAGAGAAGUUUCUAGAAGUCCAAGUGGUUCUAAAAUUAGCCAAACAAAUCCUGGAAUUGAGUUUGGAAAAGUCUGGUAUCUUGACAUUGUGAGUGUAUAGAACUGGUUUGAAUUAGUGGCGUUUUGGGUCCAAACAGCCUAAAGCUGACCUGACUGAGCCCAAACUGUGGAUAGGACUGGACUCAGAAUGAGCCGAUUCUAGGAGUGGUUCUGCAUGUUGUGAUGUAGAGAUUUCAGACUUUUGUUGCUUUGCUGUGUGACUGAGCUGCUCUGGGUUCUGGACUUGGGAAAUGAGACAACCCGGCAGCUUGGAUCAAACGGCAACGUUUCCUCUCAUGAAGUUUCCUGUUCCACCAGGUUCUUAGCGUUGUUUUAAUGGAACUCCCUCCAGGGGAACUGUUCAGCUCCAUCAUCUGUAAAACCAAAAACCACUUUAAAAUCUGGCCGUGAACAAGCAGCGCUGCUUCCUCUUCCUCGCCCUCCUCAUCAAUGAGAACAUGGCACACGUCAUGGCAGAAGCAGCCUGAGCUGAUGUUUAAAUCUGAAGCUAAUGUACAGAACGACCUCUUCCUGUCCCCCAGCUGAGUUAUCCCGCUCAUCUCUCCCAGAUUCCCAUUGACUCAUCCCGUUUAAAGCAAAUGAAGUGGCGUUCACUGACACUACAGUUUGUGUAGAAUUAUGUUCUCUCUUCUUCUGUGGUGCUACUUAGACUUCCUGUCCAGAGUUGCAGGAGGACGGUGGCUGGAAUUGGGCUGAAGACGACCAGUUUGUUUUUGUUUACCAGAAGUUGUCUUCAGUUUCUUAUCAACCCAUUUCUCCUCAGUGAGGAAAAGCUUCCUCUCUGACGUCCGCUCGGCAUCUCGUCCCUCGGAGACGUAGCUGAGUUCGACACCAAACUGACCCGUGAUUGGUCAGAGGAGUGAGCCACCUUCCUCCUCCGUCUGUGUGUUGUUUUCCUGUUCUGAGCGGGAUCAGCUGGGAAUGUUAACCCUGUUUCCGUGUUACUGUUCACAUCACCAGCAGCUAAUCAGCCUCCUGUCCUCCCUCUACGUCAGCCAAUCAGACGUCUCGUCUCCUCUUCACACACUGUAAACUCUUCCAGGUAUCCGUGUGUCCGUGUGCUCUGUGUCCGAUAGACCGCCGUCACGAUCUCCAGUGGACUCAAAACGAAAAACACACACAUGUGAAUAGAUGACAUUUUAUUUGGCGUGUGGCGUGGAUAGUGGGAAACGUGUAAAGAGAAUUAAAGAUGGGCAGUGCGUAUAUUGUCCAAUAUGUAAAUCAUGUGAACACAUCUUGUACUUAUUUAACAGUUUUGAAUACUUGAAAACUAUAUAAAGUUUCUUUGUGACUCUUG